AUGGGGUCCCCCACCCCGCCCCGGAGGCAGACGGACGCGGCGGGCCGGGCGAGCCGGCGGGGAGCCCAGCUCAGGAAGUCCGGAGCCUCGGGGGCAGCCCAACUCCGGCGUCCGGGGACGAGGGGCGCGGAGAGAAAGGCGCGGAGCCCGCGCCCCGGGGCAGCCGCGCUCUGGACUCACAUGGCUGGCGGGCGGCGGCCGCCCUCCCUCCCGGGGCCGGGGCGCACUCACAACUUGCUGUCUCUCCCGGGCGGAGCAUCCACGGCGCGCCGGACCGUCCUUCCUUCUUCGCCGCGGUCCCCGACAGCCGCGGAGCCUCCGGGGCCGGCCUCGGGAGGGGCGCGCAGGGGCCGGCAGGGGGCGGAGGUCUCCAGGAGGACGCGCGGCGCCACUCCCGGGCAGCCCGCGCUCCUCCGGCUCUCCGGCGGCGGCUCGGGCGGAGCGCUGGGGCGGCGCGCGGGGCGCCGGGGCUCGCGGGCGGAGGAGCCGAUCUGCCUUUGGCAGGCGAGGCACGCAGCGCCUCCUCCCCUCCGCCGCCCGGCCCUCCUCUCGCCUGUCCCCUCCCCUCGCGCCCGCCGGGACCCGGAGUGGACGCGGCCCGGGCGCGGCCGGCGGGGACCCUCCCGGCGCGCGGGGCGGGGAGGGCGCGAGGCCCCUUGA